GAAAUGUCGUGCAGUCAACAAACACCCAUCAGGAAGGAAGAGACCUAGAAAAGAAGAUUUUGAUGAUCAAGCUGAACAUGUUGAUUUUGACAGUGAAACAGCAAAGAAGGCAAGAAAGUUUACAACGACAGAUAAUUUUGAAGGUACAGUACAUGUAACAUUUCAUUUUUAUCUUUUUGAUUUUGUGUACUACAGAUGACAAUACAGUGAGGAAUGUUACAGAUGGCACUACCAUACAAACAUGACAAUUACAAAAGAAAUGAGAAUCAGUCUAUGCAUGAAAAUGAAACAUCUAUUUCUGAAAAUGUUGAUUUAUUUGUGGAUACCGCUUUGGCUACCAACAAUCACACUCAAAGUCAAGAAAAUAGAUUAUCUGGCAGACUUAAUGAAGGCAGCAACAAUACCAAGGAACAGAUAAAAACUGACUCUAUUAUUCAUGAGGCAAGUGAUAACUCAUCCAAGUCAGCAAUGAAGAAUGAUACUGAUACUAAUGGUCAAUGCAGUGCAGAUGUAGUUCAAGCAGGCUCAGCAGUCCAGCGACACUUUAUUCUUCUCUUCCUUCACGUACUCCCAAGAUGGAGUCACGUGAUCUGCUUCCAUUCCUGGCAUAAUAGUGGCAUAAUGGCAUUCCGAGUGGCAGUGGACAGUGGAGAAAUGGAAGCUGAAGAUGAUGACUGAUUAGCCCUAUUACUGAUUAGGCCCUGGGUACUAAAUGGAGAAAAACCAGGAGAUCUCAAAUGGUUGCGUUCUCUUCCUUUCUCUUUCUUUUAUAGCAUUCAGUAUUGUAACAGUAGUUACAGUACGCACCUCCUCCUGCAAUACUUUCAGUAGUGUGUUGUUGCCCAAAUAUUUCCAUUCAAUC